CCUGCCCGCCCCCUUCCUUCUCGUCUACGGUCUCUGAGGCGUCACUGCCGCCAUGCCGAAGCUCAGCAAAGAGGCGAAACAGCGGCUACAGCACCUCUUCAAAGGGGGCCAGUUCGCUAUCCGCUGGGGCUUCAUCCCUGUGGUGCUCUAUCUAGGUUUUAAGAGAGGUGCAGAUCCUGGAAUGCCUGAGCCCACCCUUCUGAGUCUGCUUUGGGGAUAAAGGAUUUAACCACAGCAUUUUGGAAGCAGCUGCUGAAGAUGAAUACAUUCCAGAUGCUAGAAAGGACACUUGUGCUAUGCUACUGGCCGGCUGUUUCCUGAGAACACAUAAUACAUUUAGAACACAAUGGAAUUUCUUUCAAUCUAAUUUAUGUCACAUUUCUUUUACUUCUGUUGGAAUAAAUAUUUAAUCUGAAA